AUGUCUUCCGAACAUCAGAAGGAUGAUCAGCUAGAGGCCUCACACCCAAAUUUAUUAUUGCAGGAUGGAUAUUUUCAUAAAUGCGGAAAGGGAGCAACUGGAUCAUUGUUUAAAAGGAGGUUCUUCCGAUUGUAUGAGAACCGGAUUGAAUACUGUACUUCUCCGAAAGAUAAGAAGAUUAAGGGAGAGUGUAAAAUAUCGGAUGUUUUGAGAAUUGAAGAUGCUUUCCACGGGCCUCAAAAUUACAGAUCGUAUGGUCUGUCAAUCAUUACCCCUAAAAGAACUUACAAAGUUUGUUUUGAAGAUGAUGCUACAAGACAAAUGUUCAAAGACAUCAUGACAAGGCUCAUCGAUAAGCAAUCAGAAAUGGAAGAUCGUCUUCACGAAGAAGAAGAAGAAGAAGGGUCUGAAGAGAAUACUUUAACAACCGAUUCAAGUGAAAUAGGGGAUGAAAACAAUGGGGAGAAUGAUGACAUAGAUCUUGAUGAUAACUUUGAUGAAGAGUUUGAAGAGAAUCCUCUGUAUGGAAAGUACAUGGAGUCAUCUUCCGAGUGGGAGGCGAAUUUAAGCUUUAAUCGAAUUAAGAAUUUUCCAGAUUCCUCGCUUAAAGAACAUAUAGGGUCCUUUCAAAGCGAUGAUAAUGUCUUUUCUAGUGAUGAGCUUAUAUCUCCAAGACAUGAUCUUUUCUCAGGUACUCCUCCAUCUUCCCAAACGUUAGAAGAAUUUAAGAAAGAAGACUGGAGUGACAACAGUGAAAAUCAUGAGGAUGUUACUCAUGUCCGCCCUUCUAAAAAGCAACUAGAAGAAACUAAUAGCAUUUUUGAGGAAGAAGAAGUCCUUAUAUCAAAGGGUAGUCAUUUCGAAAUUCAGACAAAAAUCCUCUUUCCUGAGAAAGAUGAGAUGGAACUGAUUGAGGAAGAAGAAAAAGUCAGAAAACUUUCAAGCAAAGAUGAGCAUAAAACCUUAUUGGCAGAAGAUCAUUUGAACAUAGGAUCAACCAAAAAUUUCAGUGAAAAGAUGACAGAGAAUCAUGAAUCGGAAAUUUAUUGGAGUGGAGUUGUUAAAAAGAUUGUGAAGGUGUUAAAGAAUGUAAAAAUUGAUGACAGAAGUCUUGUGAUUACAAACGGUGGUAUUUAUUUGCUUGGAACGAAAUCACGAGGUUUUGAAUUCAAAACAAGGGUGGGAUUUGACGAUAUAUCUUGCAUCUUAAUCAACGCUUAUGAGAGUGAAGAUAAUGAUACUAUUUCAAUUCAGCUGAGUAAUCCAACAAUCAACAAUGGUCACGAUAUGCUGCUUUCAUUUCAAGAAAAAACCAAAGAGAAAUUUUUAAACCACCUCAAAUAUGCUUACGAACGAAUGAUUCACAAACAACUUGUGAUUCAUGCUGUAGAUGAUGUGACUUUAUACUCAAGAUGCAAAAAAGGAGAUAAAAAGCCUGCACCUGUUCCUAUUUCAAAAGAGGAUAUAAUUACAUCAUCAGACAAUGAUUUUGCGAAACUUGUUUCUUAUUCUGAAUGGAGAACUAUAUUUAGGAGGUAUGGAGACAAGCGCGUUUGUUUCAGUGAGGAAGCUGCAUCCACAGCGAAGAAAACAUUUUAUGUCGUAACUAAUAUGGCUGUAAUCAAAACAUUGGACACUAAGGUCGAACGAAGAGUAGAUCUACAAGACAUUACUGAAAUAUGGAUUGACAGUGCAGUCAAGGACAGUUUUUUGUUGAAAGUUCCGUCAGAAUACGACUUUUUGAUUAAUAAUAUCCAAAAACGAGUAGAGGCCAUACAAUGCAUUCAAGAAGAACUGAAUAAGCUAAAUGUGGAGUUUAAAGUAAUCCAAACAGCAAACGUUCAAGAGAAGGGCCAACUUAAAAAGACGCAAGCGUACCGAAUGAAGAUGAAAAGGCAAAAAGAUCCAAAGAAAGUUAGAGAACGACUGCUUCAAGCUGUGAAAUCUAAGGACUUGAAUCAACUGGAGAAAGCAAUUAUUUCUGCAAGAGUUGCUAAUCUUACAAAUGACAAACUAUAUUCUCUUUGCGAGCAACAAGUCAAGAAUAUCAAAGAUGCAACGGUUGUCAAAGAAGAGAUGGAAGAGGCCUUUAACUCCCAAAAUUUGAAGAAAAUGAGAGAUCUUCUUAAACAAGCAGAACUUCUUCGGCCUCAUCUUACUCAGUUAAUUCAUAUCAUGACGCCAAAGUACACAGAGAUUGUCAAUACCAAACUUUUUAAGAAGAAAAUGGAGCAAGCAAUUAACAACAAAGACUACAAAUCGAUGAAAGAAAUAUUUGCAAAAGCAUUACAGGUUGGCCUUGAUAAGGAGGUUGAAAAAUAUAAACGAGAGUACGAUGCGAAUAUUCAAAAAGAUAACCUCAGAGAACUGCUCGCACAAAGUACAGCCAAUCGAGAUGGAGACGCAAUCAGGUUGAUAUUACUCCAUGCAAAGAGCUUAGGUAUUGAGCAUGAAAAACCUUUCCAGGAAGCAAAAAACACAAUAACCCAAUGCAAAGAGGAAACAAGAAUGAAAAGAAGGUUACUAAUGGCCGUUGAUGAGGCAAACGAAACAGGAAAUGUUGAAAGUGUGAAAGCUCUUAUUAUUGAAGCGAAAAAUCUUUUGACCUCUACCUCUUCAGCACUUCAUAACGUGAUUGAAAACUCAGUCAAAGAGAUGGAAAAGAUUAAACAACGAGUUAAGGUUAGACAGGCUAUGGAGGAGGCAAUACUAAGAAAGGACAAAGUCGCUCUGGAAGAAAUAAUUGAACUCAACAAGAAUGAUGAUAAACUGGACCUAAGUAGAGCAUAUAAUUGUUUAGAAUUAAUUCAGGUUGACAGAGAGCAAGAACAGCUUGCCGUUAUUUACAAACUAGAGGAAACUUUAGACUCUUAUAUUGUGAUGUUUGAAAAUGAACCAACAGAGGAGAACCAACAAAAGUUGCUUCAGGCAACCUAUGAAGCUGAACGGUUUGGUGAAUUGUCCGACUUGGUUGUUUCAGCUAGAAAUUUAAUACACAAGAAAAACAUGCAGGCUAAAAGACGAGAAAGAAAAAUUCUUUCUAUCAAACACCGGUUAACUCAAGGUAUAAAGGAAAGAGAUAUUGAGGCAUUGGAAAUUGUGUUGGAGGAAGGGCCUUCAUUUCCUGAAUUGGAGGAUGAAGUUCAAAUUGCAAAGCAAAUGUUGACUGAAUUGUAUCUUCACUUGCAUGCAAAAGAAAACCUGAUGGCCUCACCAAUAUCUAAAAAUGCAAGUGAGACACAAUCGACCAAAGAACUCGAAGCAUUCCUUAAAAACGCCCAACAAUCUCUUGGUACUGUCGAAAAAACGGUUGAACUCAAACUUGACUUUGAAGAUCUUUUAGAAAGAGGUGAUGUGGUUGCCUUGGCUAAAUUUCUUUACAAGAAUCAAAACGUUCUUUCUAAAGAGGAAAUUGAGAAAGCUUCUUCUGUGAUGGAGGAACUUUCAAAACCAGCUGAACAAAAAGAGGAAUCGGUGAAGACAAGGCCCAUUUCCUCGAAUUACCUCAUUUCUGCUCUUCAUAGCAAUAUUAUGAAUUUACUACGCUCGUGUGACUCUGACAUUCUAGAUCCAGCCACUGGACGAUAUAUUGUUCACCUAUUUCCUUUUGGUGAAGUCAUUGUGAAGAAUAUUACAUCAAUUCUCUAUCAGGACACACGACGACUUUAUUGGAUAAAAGAAAGAACACCCUAUGACGUGUUCAAAAACCUCCAGUCAAGCGCGGUUCAGGAAAUGCUAAGAGAAUUCGAAGCACUUGAUGCUGUUCAGCAACUUCCACAAGACAACUUUGGAAGAAGUGCGUCACUAUUACUCAUUCAGUUCUUUUUAGAUUCUGAUUUCUUUGUGUACGCAGCAAAUCAACUUCUUCAUGAUGAAACCUAUCUUUUAGAGUGUUAUGAGAAAUCCUCUCCGCUUGUUCAAGGACAAUAUAGGGACGAAGUGGUGGGAGUGUUCUCAUUGCUGAACCAAUUCGACUUUAGAUUUGGAUUAAGGAGUGAACGCAUGUCAACAACACCAGUUUCAGAAUUUUCUGCUGCCUUAUCUCCAUCAACAUCUUCGCCACUGGACACCAUGUCUUUGCAUCCCAUUCUUCAGCUUAAGGAAGCUGUCAAGUCCAUUGUUCAGUUUUUCUUCAUAAAGAAGAGCGUAGAAAAAUUGGAUUUGAUAGACAUUGGAAAUGGAGCGAAAUAUGUUGAAUUAGAUGGAUUGGUAAGAAAAAAGCUGUUUUAUGCUUUAAUGGAUGUGUUUUUGAAAGGAUUCAAGAGUUUUUCAAUUUUUAAAACGUAUCAUCUGUGGAACGUAAUUGAAGAGGCGGCCCGUCUAAAACAAUUUUCUGCGGUUGAUAUUGGAGGAAUUGGAAUUCCUUUAGCUGUGGAGAAGGUAAACAAAAUUGUGGAGGAGAGGUUGAUGCAUAAACAGCUGUCCAAUAUCGAAGAUUUGAAAUUUCGAGCGUUUUUGUGCUAUUCUCUCAACGAUCAUCAACUCUCAUAUUUCGUUCAGUCCAUAUUCAGGGAACAAGAUUUGCUUGCAAAUUAUUAUGAGCCUGAUGCAUUAGUAAGAAAUCAAGGAAUCAAAGAAAAGGUAGUGGCUUUGCUGUCCAAGCUUGACUCUUUGCCUUUUCAUCUCUCCUUGACAUCUGAAUUGUUAUAG